AUGUCACAAUAUCAAACUACUUCUGCUUCAAAAACUACUAAGUCUACUCACAUGUUUAGCGCUCCUUCCAUUGACAUUCAUGAUGAUGAGAUUUUGGAUGUGGUUCCUCUAUCAAUUAUUCCCUGCAAAGCCCUUGAUUUAAACCAUCCCAUGGAUGCCUCAACUUCUGCAUGCCCCAAUAAAGGACAUUCUGUGAAGGGAGUCUCUACUCCCCUGUAUAAAACGUACCCCUCUCCCGAGGUUGAACAACAUAGUGAGAAGAAUGACGAAUCCUCCCGUUCUGAGAAGGACAUGGCUGCUGAAGGUUUGUGCUCCCUAGGGAAAACUGUGUCUCGUAAAGGAAAAUCAGUGGCAUCUAAAAUUGCCAAUGCUUCCCACUCUGAGAAGCAUGAUGAUGCAAACAAUGUGAUUGACCUAGAGGAUGAUAUGUCUGAUGAUCAAGAGGAUAGUUUACUUCAUCACCUAAAGCCAAGUGUGGCUAAACGUAUGAAGACUCGAAAAGGAAGAUUUGUGGCCGAACUUAUGUCAGCUAGAAAAACUAAGAAGACUGCUGAUGUCUUUGACAUCUCCCCUGUGAAGAAAACCACUGUGAGGAAGUCCCCUGGUAAAGUUGUUGCUGUGCAUUUGGAUAAUAUCUCUUUCCAUCUUGAGGAUAGAGCUGCCAAGUGGAAAUUUGUGAUUCAAAGAAGGGUGGUUGUGGAAAGGGAGUUAGGAAAGGAUGUUGUUGAAGCCAAUGAGGUCAUGGACCUGAUAAAGGCUGCUGGGUUGUUGCAGACUGUGGCUGGGUUCUCUCAGUGCUAUGAGGGUUUAGUUAAGGAAUUCAUUGUCAACAUUCUCGAGGAUAUUGUUGAUAAGAACAACAAGGAAUUUUGCAAAGUGUUUGUGAGAGCCUCAAAAUUUGGAACUAUUGCUGAGUUGAAGGAGACUUGUAAAGAGCUGGGUAAAGGGAUAAGGGUAGCAACAACUAGGAAACAAUCGUUGGAAGCAUUGAUUGCAAGCUGA